GCCCCUGCGCUCGGGGACCCCGGGCGGCGGCGGGGCGCGCUGAGCUGGCGCGGGUGGUGCUGAAGGGACAGCUCCCAGGCGCAGCGACCACUCGCGAGCCCGGCUCGCAGCCCUCUCCCCCUCCCGCAGUGCCCUCACCCACGGCCCCCUCACCCACAGUCCCCUCACCCACAGCCCCUGCUGCAGACCUGGGCUCGUAGACCCCCAACUCGCAGCCUCCACCCCCCGCACAGCCCCCUCCCGCAGCCCCCGCGGCCCCGCGGCCAGCAGGGCUGGCUCAUGGUCCACCAAGCGGCGGGCUGGGCGGAGGCUUCUCUGGCCGUGCCCACCGGGCGCCCCGUGGGCGAGGCAGCCCCCAGCUCCCACCGCGUUCAUGGCGGUGGCCAGGAAGAUCAAAACUUUGCUGACGGUCAACAUCCUGGUGUUCGUGGGCAUCAUCCUCUUCUCCGUGUACUGCCGCCUGCAGGACCGCUCCGAGGGGCUGGUGCAGAUGGUGCGCAGCGCUGACCGCCGGGUGCGCAGUCGGCUGGGCAAGGCGGGCGCGCUGGUGGACCGCGAAGCCAUCCUGCAGCGCCUGGACCACCUGGAGGAGGUGGUCUACAACCAGCUGAACGGCCUCGCCAAGCCCAUGGGUCUGGUGGAGGGGCCGGGGGGCCUGGGCCAGGGUGGCAUGGCAGCCACGCUGCGGGACGACAGCCAGGAGGCGGAGGGCAAGUAUGAAGAAUACGGCUACAACGCACAGCUCAGCAACCGCAUCUCGCUGGACAGGACCAUCCCCGACUACAGGCCCAAAAAGUGCAGACAGAUGACCUACUCAGACGACCUGCCCCAGAUCUCCGUGGUCUUCAUCUUCGUCAACGAGGCCCUGUCGGUCAUCCUGCGCUCCGUCCACAGCGUGGUCAACCACACGCCCUCCCAGCUGCUCAAGGAGGUCAUCCUGGUGGACGACAACAGUGACAGCGUGGAGCUCAAGUUCAACCUGGACCAGUACGUCAACAAGAGGUACCCGGGCCUGGUGAAGAUCGUCCGAAACAGCAGGCGAGAAGGCCUGAUCCGGGCGCGGCUGCAGGGCUGGAAGGUGGCCACGGCCCCCGUCGUCGGCUUCUUUGACGCGCACGUGGAGUUCAGCACCGGCUGGUGGCCCUUGGAAUGGGGAGACAGCCUUGUCCAGGCUGUGGUGAACUUCACGCCCGGCCAUGGCUGCAUUUCCGCCCGUGUCCCCCGGACGUGCCCACUGGCACCAGGCCUCCCGGUGCCCCAGCAGGUGUGGCAGUGUGGUGGCAGCAUGGAGGUGCUGCCCUGCUCCCGCGUGGCACACAUCGAACGCACCAAGAAGCCCUACAACAACGACAUCGAUUACUACGCCAAGCGCAACGCCCUGCGGGCGGCCGAGGUGUGGAUGGACGGCUUCAAGUCCCAUGUGUACAUGGCCUGGAACAUUCCCAUGACAAACCCAGGAGUGGACUUUGGGGACGUGUCCGAACGGCUGGCCCUGCGCCAGAGGCUGAAAUGUCGCAGCUUCAAGUGGUACCUGGAGAACGUGUACCCUGAGAUGAGGACUUACAACGACACCCUCACGUACGGAGAGGUGAGAAACAGCAAAGCCAGCGGCUACUGCUUGGACCAGGGAGCAGAGGACGACGACCGAGCAAUCCUCUACCCAUGCCACGGGAUGUCCUCCCAGCUGGUGCGCUACAGCGCGGAGGGUCUGCUGCAGCUCGGACCCCUGGGCUCCACAUCCUUCCUGCCCGACUCCAAGUGCCUGGUGGAUGACGGCAGGACCCGCACCCCCGCCCUGAAGAAGUGCGAGGACGUGGCCCGGCCAGCCCAGCGGCUGUGGGACUUCACCCAGAGCGGCCCCAUCGUGAGCCGAGACACUGGCAGGUGCCUGGAGGUGGAGCUGUCCAAGGAUGCCAACUUCGGGCUGCGGCUGGUGAUGCAGAGAUGCUCGGGGCAGAAGUGGACCAUCAGAAACUGGAUCAAGCGUGGGAGGCACUGACCCCGGCUCCUCCCCCAACGCAGACCCUGAGGGCCUGGGGAUGGCCACCCCGAGCUGGUGCCUGGAGCCUGGCUGGGCCCUCACCAUCUCUGGCUGGGACCUCUCCUGGGCUGCUGGUGGGUCGCUGGGUCCUGUCCGCUGGGACAGCGGGAGCCUCCCUGCGUCGCGUGCUCUGGAGGACGAUGCCGGGACCCGUGCCUGCCAGGAGCACAGGCCCUCCCAGCUGGGGUCGCCGACAGCCAGCGCCAGCUCCAAACCACGUGCCUUUCCCAUGGGAUUCCCGCCCAGCUGCCCGGACGGCCACCUCUUCUGCAUGUGCUGUACAGCCCACCAGGCAGAACUGCCCCCUGUGAACUCAGAGGGCGGCAGGCUGCCCCUCGCUGCCCUCCUGCGGUCGCCCCGGUGGACUCCCAAGAGCAAGCAGAGCUAAGCCUCUCUGCCUGUGGCUGAUGAGAUGGGAACCGGGACGCCAGCCACAGUGUCCCAAAGACAACCCGUUUAGGUGUUAGGUGAGGGUACCCAGUGACUCCUGCAGUCCAGUGAAGAGCAGAUGAAAGCAUAUAGACCUGUGUCUCGUCCACUGGAGUCAGAGCUGGUCGGCCAGCCAGGGGAGGGUCCCUAUCCCAAUGUCUCACCCAGCAGGGGUCAGCCAAUGAGGACCCAUGGCCCCUCACCUGUUUUUAUAAAUAAAGUUUUAUUGGCACAUGGCCACACCCA